CUAUAAACAACCGUACCUAACGUCCUCCUAUCAUCCACACAAUGCCGCCAAAACACGUUCCUGAUAGCUUCCGCCUCAUUGAAGAAGUCUUCCAAUUGACUUACCAAAAUGGAAGUUAUUUCGAGUGCACAUCAGAACGCGUCCAAGUCAGCAGCUUGGAUUUCUAUAGCGGUAAGCCUAGUGAUAAUGACGAGCAGUUCAUCAGGACUUUCCCUUCCGGGCAGAUGCGACAACUAUUGGAAGAGGUCCGACCCUGGGAUAACCCCGAUGGAUGUCCAUCAGUAUUGCCUAUAGAUAACGAAGUGGACGAUGCUGCGCAGGCUAGAGAUUUAUGGAAUGCGUUCCGGUCCCAUUUAUCCAUUAAUCGCGACGGUAACGCCCCAGGCAUAAUUCAAAACACAGAUUGGAAAUUAGUAGUCCCCAGAGAUACAAACCUCCUGUUCCGAUUAACUCGCCAUCUUCCUUGGAAUGUCGAAACCUUCUUUGACCAAUGCAACCCCGCAAAACCACAUAUAGGUUGUUACCUCGCAAAUCAUAUACCCUUGAAAGAAACAACGCUGUGCACCAGCGAGAUACAGACAAUUUUAUGGACAAUAGGCUGUCGUCUUAUGGACGAGAAAUACCAGAAUCACAGCAUUAUUCCUGUUACAUUUCUUUCUGGCACAAAGAGCAGCGUUCGCAUUGUCCAAGGGUUUAUCGAUGAUUGCAGGAUACUCAAAGUACAAUUGACGCCUGUUAUUGACUUUUCAGGGGGUGAAAGGAGCAGGUGGGAGCAGUUUAUUCAAAUGCUGUGUUGGGUCGUGGGCGAACCUGUCGGCAACACUGUCCGGAUGCUAUGAGCUACCGUUUCUUCCUUAAUAUCUGUCGGACGGGCUGGCUUGAUACAAUAUCCCGAACGAGUUUAAGCAUUACUUGUUCUAAAAAUCUUCAUCUUUGAU